AUGUCGGCGCAAGUCUCAGCAUCAUCUUCAGAACACAGCCCAUGGACAACCAUCAGGACGCAUCUCAACUUUUUCCGCAUACAUGUCAUCUUCUUCACUUUGACUCCCCUGAUAUUCUCCGGAAUCCUUUAUGCUAGCAAUGGCAAAUAUCCAAUAUCAUACAUCGAUGCGCUAUACAAUUCAGUCAGCGCGAUAACUAUGUGCGGUCUCGCGACAGUGAACUUGAGCCAGCUUACUGCUUGGCAGCAAGUGUUGUUGUUCAUCCAGAUGUGUAUUGGAAACAUAGUUAUUGUGUCAUGGGUGAUGGUGUACAUCAGGAGGUUGUACUACUUUGCUACGACAUUCGAUCAUAUCAUUGGAGCAGAGGCUGCCAGAAAGGCUGCGAUCAAGGUAGAACAGCAGCUUGCCACUGCAUCUGCACAGAAUUCUGUCGGCAGCAAAAGCAACUGGCCCCGCCGUAUCUUCCGAAGGAAAAACAUCCUUAGUACAGUACUGGAGGGUUCUGCUAGUGACGAUCCUCGAACGACACCGAAGGACGGCACAAAGAUAUUGAGACCCGAUAUGAUCAGGCGCGUGGAUAGUCAACCCAAACUGGUCAACCCGAGCGGACGGAUUACAGAAAGCGGUACGGUCCCUAUGAAGCAUUUUUCGUUGAAAUCUGCAACGAGCUUGAAUAUGCAAGAAGAAGAACAAGGGCAAGGGCCCUCUCCCCAAAGUCGUGGGGAACUCUCAAAUUGCAUGCCCGAAGCGGGUAAAGGUGCUGUAAUGUCCGCUGUAUCGACUGAAAUGCCACAGACAGCAACUAUCGAGUUCGCACCCAACGUUUCUCGUUCCCAUCCCCCACUAUUUCCUGUCGGUAGCCAAAUCGGACGCUCAGGUUCCCCUGAAAUUUCAUCAAAUAUUUCAGGGUUCUCUGCUCCCCGCCGCCGCCGCCGCCGUUCUUCCGUAGUCCCUCAACAACCGCACGUGCCAUUAGCACAGCACCCGACCAUUCAAACACAUCGAUCUAGUGAUGCUAGGCGCGCAUCGAAUCUGUAUCAUGUCGACCAACCGCAGGAGCAGAUGCUACGAGGGUUCGGGGGCUUUCCUAUGCCCCACGAACUGCUGGGUAUGCUGUUUGGCUGGCUGUUUCCUAAUACCAUGAAUAGACUGAAGAGAACUGUGACGAUUCCUAUCACUACUACACUGACGGGCGGUGGGCUUGGACGGACUACGAGUGGCGCUUCGAGUAUCCCUGGGAGGCCAACACACAGCGGAAGCAUCAGUGCUAAGGAGGGUACGAAGCCUGUAACGUAUAUUUCGUUCGACGCCGUCGUUGGGCGGAAUUCUGCGUUUCAUCUUUCGACUAACGAACAGCUUGAGGAAUUGGGUGGGGUUGAAUAUCGGGCACUGAACGCGCUGCUAUGGUUAGUUGCAUCUUAUCACAUAGUCGUACAACUGGUUUCCUUUGUGGUGAUCGCUCCUUACAUGACAUUGCCAAAGUGGGCGAGCGAUUUCGUACCUCCUGCGCAAUUUAGAGUAAUUACAGUUCCUUGGUUUUCAUUGUUCCAAGUCGUAUCAGCAUACACAAACACCGGAACUUCUCUUGUUGACCAGAAUAUGGUACCCUUCCAGACAGCUUAUCCAAUGAUCUUUUUUAUGAUAUUUUGUAUUUUGGCUGGCAACACUGCAUUUGUAAGUGCCACUGCGCUCAAAAGCUGGAUCAUCACGAAACUUGUAACGAAGGACUCUCGACUGGAUGAAACACUGCAUUUUCUCCUGGACCAUCCCCGCCGAUGCUUUGUUUAUCUUUUCCCUUCGUACCAAACUUGGUUUCUUCUUACGAUUCUGCUCAUGAUGAACCUUACAGACUGGUUCUGCUUUUUGGUCCUUGAUAUUGGUAACCCUGACAUCGAUUCCAUACCUUUGGGAACGAGGGUUGUUGCCGGACUGUAUCAGGCUAUCGCUGUUCGUGCUGCGGGGUUUGGAAUAGUUCCGCUUGCCAGAAUAGCUCCUGCUGUCAAAGUCAUAUAUGUGAUCAUGAUGUAUGUUAGCGUAUGUAAUGUCCGUUCGACAAACGUCUAUGAAGAGCAAUCCCUGGGUAUAUACAAGGAUGAUGAUUCAGAGGUUGAAAAUGCCUUUUCAACCACAGGUCCAAGGAUGACGGUAUGGUCUCGAUACUUGGCCAUGCAUGCACGUCGACAAUUGGCGUUUGAUAUGUGGUGGUUGUGUCUCGCGCUGGUGUUGGUUUGUAUCAUAGAGCGCGGAAACUUGGAAAACACGGAGAUACAAGGCUGGUUCAAUAUUUUUACUAUUAUUUUCGAAUUAGUCUCUGCAUACGGCACUGUUGGUCUCAGUCUUGGUAUACCUACCGAAAAUUACUCGUUUUCCGGUGCCUGGAAGCCUCUUUCAAAGCUCAUAAUAUGCCUCGUCAUGCUUCGCGGGCGACAUCGUGGUCUCCCAGAGGCCAUCGACCGCGCUAUCAUGCUCCCCUCCGAAUUUGAAAAAACGAAUGACGAGCCGCCCGUCCCUGUCACGCAUGAUGAUAGGCAAUCAAGCGCCCAUGGCGGGUCGCUACACACGCGCGACGCCCCUUCGAAAGAGGACGGUCUCACUUCCAGCAACGAGAUCUAG